GAGACGUAUAGACUUUGCCUAAAUACGGGAUAUCUAACCCUGAUCUGUGAGUAUCUGGCACGUGGGAUUGGUGAUAUCUAAGUUGUGGUGUUGCACCUGUGACAACGCUCCUAGGUACAGUUUGAGUGGAGAGCAUCGUGCCUUCCUGUGCUGAUGUCGGCGUUGUCUGUCUGCCCAGGUGAAAAGGUAGGUACCUGCACGCUCGACAUGUGGAGUGCCUUUUAUCUUCUUUUUUCUCUUUCAUUUCUAAUAUAUAUCUGGACAAAUCUGGACACACUUCCCGUCUUUUCCGCUACUUUGUCACCCCCCUGGUGGCUGUCGUCACCUCUCGCCCGAAGACGCUUCGGACAAGUGCUACGACGGUUACGACUGUUACGACCUUCUGGCAAAGUCACUUUGCGAAUGAGUCACGUUGCUCUGGAGCGUCAGAUUGUGGACGGCUAGGUGUCUUUGUCUCUGUCCGCUCGAAGAGGAGG